GGCGUCUGGGGUCUUAAAUGCUAACAAGCGGCCGUCUAAGAUGCAUCAAUUGGUCUCAACCCACCUGGAUCAAAGGAGAAUGAAGAACACCAAGGUCACACGACAACUAAGAGCCCAAGAGACAGAAAGGGCCACAUGAACCAGAGACCUACAUCAUCCUGAGACCAGAAGAACUAGUUGGUGCCUGGCCACAACCAAUGACUGCCCUGACAGGGAGCAUAACAGAGAACCCCUGAGGGAGCAGGAGAUCAGUGGGAUGCAGACCCCAAAUUCUCACAAAAAGACCAUACUUAAUGGUCUGACUGAGACUAGAGGAAUCCCGGUGUUCAUGGUCCCCAAACCUUCUGUUGGCCCAGGACAGGAACCAUUCCCGAAGACAACUCAUCAGACAUGAAAGGGACUGGACGGUGGGUAGGAGAGAGAUGCUGACGAAGAGUGAGUUAUUUGUAUCAGGUGGACACUUGAGACUGUGUUGGCAUCUCCUGUCUGAAGGGGGGAUGGGAGGAUAGGGAGAGUUGGAAGCUGGCAAAAUUGUCACGAAAGGAGAGACUGGAAGGGCUGACUCAUUAGGGGGAGACCAAGUGGGAGUACGGAAUAAGGUGUAUAUAAACUUAUACGUGACAGUUUGACUUCAUUUGUAAACGUUCACUUGAAGCUCAAUAAAAGUUAAUAACAAUAAUAAAAAAGCAACGGAAAAAAAAAAAUGAAACAAGCAAGCCAGUGAAGUAGGGAUGGGGGAAGAGAGAUGCCAAGCCAUUUGAAGAUGAUCCAAGAGCAGAAGCUUAGAAGAGACAAGGACCUUCCUCCAGAGCCCCCAGAGAGAGAGACUUUCCCUAGAGCCAGCACCCUGAUUUCGGACUUCUAGCUGCCUAAACUGUGAGAAAAUAAAUUUCUGUUUGUUAAAGCCACCCGUUUGUGGUAUUUCCAUUAUAGCAGCACUUAAGACACAUGGGCUUGGGUCAGGUCACCUUAGUCCUCAAAAUAACAUCUUUUUAAUACUUUAAAGGGGUCUAUUGCAGCAGAUUUGCCUAAUGCAAUAUGUUGUUUACUUUCUUAACUACUGCUUCCAUGGACGUUGUGGAUCCAAGUAAAAUGAAAUCUUUUGACAACUUCAGUAUUUUCUCUGUUGGUCAGAAUAAAAUGUUGGUGCCCUGUGUCAUCCUCACAAUUGCUGGCAUCUUUGAGCCCAUCGUUGUGGCUAUUGUGCCAGUCUUUCUUACUGAGGGUCUCCAUCACCCUUCUUAGCCUUCUCCUUCAUCAGACAUGAUAUCCUUCUCCAGUAAUUGAUCCCCCCUGAUGAUGUGGGCAAAGCAAGUGAGUUGGACAGUGUUCUGUUGUGAUCCAUAAAGUUUUCAUUGGCUAAUCUUCCAAAAGUAGAUCUUCAGACAUUUCUUUCUAGUUUGUCUCAGUCUGGAAGUUCUGCUGAAUCCUGUCCACCAUGGGUUAUCCUGCUGGUAUUUAAAAUACUGGCGGCAAAGCUUCCAGCAUCCCAGCAACCUACAAACCACCAGAAUAUGACAAAAUGACAAAUGAAUGGGUGGUGGGAAGUAAGCAUAGUGGCUAAUGAAUGUUUAAAAUAUUCUGGCUCACUCAGAGAUGCGUUUUAUCGGGCUAGAUUGUGUCAUUAGCUGACUCCAACCACAGAGAUCCCACGUGCUGUGGAUAGAGGGGCUUCUAACUGUCAUAGAAUGUUUAGGGACCUGGAAGUAGAUGCCAGCCACAUACUUGAUUUACAUGGACUCAGAGGCCCUGAGUGCAAGAACUUGCUUCAGGCUCAUUUUUGGAGUUCAAAUGUUUAUGGAUGUUCUCAUGGCUUUGGAUUCCCCAAAGCGGGCAGGAUCUAAGGAAGCGACAGGGUUCCUGAGAGAAAUUCAUGAUGAAGAAACCUGCCGGGGUCUGGCUAUCUGAGAGAGCAGUGGUUCCAGGUACCUCCUCUGACCCACUGGACUUCCUUCAACUCCUCCUGCCAACAACAGACCCUUCCCCACAAAAAUGGGUACGUGCACGCCUUCCAAAGGAGAGGAGAGUGAACUAUGAUAUAAUGCAGGGGUCCAUGAACUCUAUAACCUCUGGCUCUUUUACUAAGGCUCAAGGGCUAAGAAUUGUUUUUUACAUUUUUUAAAGGGCUGUAAGAAACUAAGCAAAGACAAACGUGCAACAGGGAACUAUGGGGCCUAAAACCAGUUGCUGCGAAAUCGAUGCCCAUUCAUGGCUACCUCAUAUGUGUCAGAGUAGAACUGUGCUAUGUAGGGUUUUCAUUGCCUGAUUUUUCGGAAGCAGAUCUCCAGACUGUUCUUCCAAGGUCCCACUGGGUAGACUCUGAUCUCCAACUUUUUGAUUAGCAGCCAAGAACAUUAAUCACUUAUACCACCCCAGGGACAUUGUGGCCUACAAAGCCUAAAAUACUUACUAUCUGGCCCUUCACAGGUAAAAUUUGCUGACCCCUAUAAAACCUGGGUGUUGAUGCCUGAAGGGCACUAUCAAGACAACCCUGUUUGAAAGAGCAAGGCCCAAGGGCAGAAAUGGCUUCCCUGCUGUCUGGGCUUUGAGGUUAGUAGCCUAGAGGAAGUGCCGAGAACUUUGUCAGUAGUGUAGGUUCAGCUUGUGAGUGGCAGAGUGACAAAAGUCAGUGGAGCAGAGGAAAAGUUUAGGAGAACAGGGAAGGUAGACUGUAAAGCGAUAGGGCUUCAGUCUAUUUGUGUGAUAGGCAUCCCAAUCAGGAAAGCCUAGAAGGACUGAUUGAGGAGCUGAAUCCCAGGAAAAGCAGAGUGCAUUGCUAAUCAAUGGGUGGAGCUCAGAAAAUUGGGAUUUAGGCCAUUACCUUAAACACAGCAUGUUUUUAUCACCAUGAGGAGGGAGGCCAGGGGACUUUUUGUAUACAUUUGUGCUUUAUCGUUUACAAAGUAUAUCUCAUUGUGUGAUUUUGAGAACCCUCUGAAACAGGCAGAAUGGAUAUUACUCCUGACCUCAGUUUAUAAAGGAAGGAGAAUUGAUGCUUGGUUGGAGAGGUGUCUCGUUCAAAGUCAUAUAGUUAUUAUGUGGUGGAACUGGAAAUCAAAUCCAGUUAUUCUGGCCCCAAAACCUGAGCGCCAUUCUGAGUCAAUGAAUUAUCACUACUCUUCAAAAUUUAAUUCUGCACCUACCCCCAACACAAAGUCUCCUCACUGGAUAUUGUCUCUUUCUUGGGUCAUUAUAUGAACAUAUAAGAUAACAGCAAUGGCUAGAGUAGCUUUGGAACUGGAAUCAUUCUGUGUAUCUCAGCUUAGUCACCUUCUUGCUUGGGAAGGUCUAUAUGGAACAAACUCUUAGGAGAGUGUAAAAGAUAAUUUGCACUGGCCUGGGGUUGCUUAUGGGGCCCUGGUAGCACAGUGGUUAAGCAUUUGGCUGUUAAUCUAAAGGUCAGCAGUUUGAAUACACCCUGUGGGGCAGUUCUACCCUGUCCUACUGGGUUGCAAUGAGUUGGAAUCGACUCAACGGCAAUGGGUUUGGCAAGGGGGGGGGAUUGUUAAUGUAUGUCUGAGAAUUCUCAGUUAAGACAGGUUACUUCAACAUUCUGGUUUUAACUUCAUUAAAAAAAUCCAUGAAAGGAGUAAUUGUGAGAAAUAAUUAUUGGCUUCAUGAUAAUCUUCUUCAAAAUUGGAGCUUUUUUUUUUUCUUUCUUUUUUACUAUUUUGCCAUAGAUCUUUGAAUAAGAUACUAUGAAACACAACAGAUUGAGUGAUCUGUCUUGGCUAUGUAUGUUUUGGAUAGCAAAGACUAUAAUUUCUACAUGAUACGAUAGGAGAGAGAACUUUAUGUACUUAUUCACCACCUGCAUACGUGGAUAUAUUUGUCAUAAUUAAGUGAGCAAUGGAGCCAGCUGUGGCCAGCGGUGGCCCCGGCUCUCCUCCGUCUAGGUCUUCGCCUGAGCAGUGGAUUGGAUGGUGGAGCCAGUGUCACUGAUAAACUCAGCAGCAAGCCCCAGGGGAAUCCGUCACUGUAACAGCCAUCUAGCAGUCUCAGGGAAUCUAACCACAUCCAUAUUCAGAUAAGGAGAACACGGAGUGCUUUCAGAGAGAAUGAUAACCAGGGACUUGGGGAUAAUGCUGCCUUUACGCUUUUCAUAACAUAUGUUAAAAAAUAAAGCCGUGAAAGUCAUGGUUGUGACGAGUGAAGACAGGAAAAUGAGAGGAGCAAUUCACACGGCGCACUUUCCCUUGGAGCGAGAAGUUCAUGUUCGUUUUUUCAGAGUGGGGUGUUUCAUCUCUUACAGCAUCUGUCAGAAGGCUAGGUCAGCUAUGGAUUAGCGGCUCCUGGCUCACUUGGAUCUUGGCCUGGCUGCCUCCCUGUACCUUUCAGAUUCAGCUCGAGUGUCAUUUGCUUGAGAGCCUUACACCCACGCAUUGUGGGUUACCCCACCGCCCCCCUCUGCUCUCCAUGUCACCAUUCUGUUUUAUUCUCUUAGCAGCACUUUUACAUAAUCACUGUUUGAAAGUAUUUUAUUUAUUUGUUGAUGUGUUAACUAUCCUGUCACCUGGAAUGUAAGCUCCCUGCAAGCAGAAAACAACCAUGACUCUCUGGCUCAUAGCUGUUUUCCUAGCACUCAGAACAGUGCCUGGCCCGUUGCAGAUGGAAUUGAUUCCAACUUAUGGCAACCCCGUGUGUUUCAGAGUAGAACUCUGCUCCAUAGGGUAUUCAGUGGCUGAUUUUUCAGAAGGAAAUCAACAGGCCUUUUUUUCUGAGGCGCUUCUAAGUGGACUGGAACCUUCAACCUGUCGGUUAGCUGCUGAGAGCAGUAAUCUUUUGUACCACCCAGGGACUCCUGGCCUUAUGAUGGGUGCUCAAUAGAUAUUAAUUGAGUGCCUCAGUGCAUGAAUGAAUGAGUAAGUAAGUGCUUUCCUAUUGCCCAUAGUGCCCAGAUCCUGAGUUGUGGUUUCCUGAGUGGAAGAGUCCAAAUGUAUUGGUUUUCUGUUGCUGUGUAACAAAUUACCACUAACUCAGUGGCUUAAACACAGAUUUACCUUAUACUGGAGGGCAGAAGUCCAAUAUGGGUCUCGAUGGGCUAAAAUCAAGGGGUUAGCAGGACUGCAUUCCAUUCUGGAGGCUCUAGGGGAAAUUCAUUUCUUCGCCUUUUCUAGCUUCCUUGGCUUGUGGCCUCUGCCAGCUUCAGAGCCAGCAUUGGUGGGUUGGGUUCUCAGGUUGCCAUCUGUCUAGUUCUCUGCAGCCAGGAAAAGUUCUCUGCUUUUAACUAUCCUUGUGAUUAUAUUAGACCCACCUUGUAAUCCAGGAUAAUCUCUCUAUCUCAGGGUCCUUAACCUUAAUCACAUCUGCAAAGUCCAUUUGGCCAUGUAAGGUAACAUAAAUGAUAAUAAGUGAUUGAAUAAGAAUUCAAAAUCCCAGGGAGUCUGGCUCCAGACUCUGCUCUCUAACCAGUGUACUACUCUGCCACUCAUGGGGCCAAUGACAGAGUGCCCAAGAGGAGCCUAUGAGAGUCCUGAGUUGGGUGCUGGGGAGCGGAGCCACAGUUUCUGUGCAGGUGGGCAUGGAGGGCUGAUAUUUGGACUCCAUGGUUCCUGCCUCAGGAAAGCCCAGAACAUACAGCAGAUCCCACUGUGUGUCAGGCACAGCCACCUGCUGCAGGAAUCCCAGAGAUGUGGGAGAUGUUGUCUGUGCUCAAGAGGAAGCAGAACCAACACAGCAUGCAGGCAUUCCUCGUGAGAGGCUGGGUGGGAGACACUGUGUAUUGUACGACAUGCUCCACUAUCUCUUGAGCUUCUCGGUUUAGUUAAGAGGAAGAGUGGAGUGGUACAGAGGAAAGGUCAGAGGCCUGAGUUUGCAUGGCCACUUUAUCAGUUGACUCAUCUGAGCCUAACUCAAGUACCUCAGUUCAUAGUUCUGUGAAGAGCAAAUACAAAUUCUGUUUGUCUUCAUCUCCAGAAUGGCAGAGGAUCAAACGACUAGUGAGAAUGGCUCUAUAAAUACUGGCUAGUGCUGUCCACAUGCCUAAGUGACACAGUGAGGAAGGAAAGCAAGUGUGGGCACCUCACUGCCCCACAAACCUGUCUGGUUAGUUUCACCCUGCGGGUAAACUGGAGAGCAUGAGUAAGACUUGAAAUUUUCUUCCCUUAGCUUCUGUAAGAGAGACUGACUGAUAGCCAGGCUUUACAGGCCAGCCCAUCAAAGCAUGUAAUCACUCAGAGCAGUGAUUCACAGGGGCAUGAGAAGGCUGUCUUGUCUUUGGUGUGCAGAUCCAUGGUCAUGAUGACUCCCAUAAAACGAUGGUGGUCAUCGGAAGGGGAAGCCUCCUCCACGCAUCUCCAUUGCCCUCAUUUUAGUUACUGUAUGGUGGCCAUGGAAUUCCAAUAGUUUCACGUAUAAAAAUGGUGCUCUUCAGUGAGUUUUGCUCUAAUUGUGUGAGCAGAAGAAACAACUGUGAGGGUUAGGUUUCAGGUAAAGGUGCAAAAAUUUACCACACCAAUAAGCAUCUGAAAACACUUAUUUCAGUCAUCAGUGAUAUAUAACUGUCAAGGACUGUGAAGGGUCUGAGAUUUUAUCUUGCUUUAAGCUAAUAGGUUAGCCUGUCAAAGUUUUAAAUGGGUUUGCAGAAGACAUGAGACUCCUGAAUCAAACACAAAGAACUUUAUCCUUCAUGACACAGAAGGCAGCAUGAGUUUCAGAGUCACAUGGGUUCCCUGGGCACCUUAGCUCCUAUGGGGAUGAUGCAGAGAGGGCCCAGGUGAAUCCUGUGUACAGGGAGUCUGUAUAAGCAGAGUUUGGGAAACCCCCAGUUUUAUAAAGGAUUGCUCGCAAACUUGCUCAACCUUUAGCUGCAGGAAGACAUUAUCCUUAUUAUCCGGGUCAGGGAACAAAUCUGUCCUUGAUCUUGGAGGCAGACACUACCUCCGUCCUCACAGGCUGUUAGCUUUACGCAUACCCUUGAAAAGACGGUCUGGAACAAAGACUGUCAUGGCACAUGUAGUAAUGCCACUGAGAAUUGCCUUUCGAGGGAAAUUAAUACAUACUUAGCUAAAUUUCUAAUAAACCUGUUGCCAUUGAGUUGAUUCCAACUCAUAAUGACCCUAUAAGACAGAGUAGAAAUGCCCCAUAGUGUUUCCAAGGAGCACCUGGUGGAUUUGAACUGCUGACCUUUUUGGUUAGCAGCCAUAGCUCUUAACCACUACACCACCAGGGUUUCCAAAUUUCUAAUAAGGGCCUAUAAAAAGUUGUUUGUGUCUAAAAAUAGUAAAUUUACCAGUGAAUUGAUAGUCUAAAUUCUGUUGGAGAAAAAAAAAAAUCCAUUUCUAAUUCCCUUCACUUAGUGAGUUCUACUGGGUAUUUUGGGGCAGGGACUUAAGCAGACUUGUUUCUUAUAUACUCAGUCAAUUUCCAUGGACUUGCAAUGAAUUGGUAAUUAAAUGGUAUUUUAAUGAAAGUUGUUUACAGUGUGCAAAGGGCAUGUGAUUAAUUAUCUCAUUGGUUAAAUUUGGUUACAAGAAUAAUGAAAGCAGGAAUUUUUACGUUGACGAUGCAUAGGACCAGUUGAAGCUCACAUAAAGGUUUUUGUUUGGAAAAGCAAACACAUUUGUUUGAUUUCCACGAUAAUUUUUGAGACAAAUUGUUAACGGGAAAAUUAUUAUGUGAGGUACAAGUUUCUUUAUAUUUGAUUUUCAAUUAACUAAUUCCUCAAGUUCGUUCAAUCUUUAUUUAUGGUUUUACUUAAAGAUUGUAGACCUAUUACUACCUACUCAGUGUGUCGUCAGUGAUAAACUGAACCCAAGGGAAUGGGCUAAUCCAUAAGAUAACUGAACUUCCAGUACUGUUUAGGUUUAAACUUGAUACCAGGAAUCACACAGUGCUGUAAAUGUCAGGAAAUUCAAGGACCCGCAUUCCGCUUGGUGGUUGGUGCAAUGCUGUAGCGUGGCCUUUCAAUGCAGCUGUAUCUAUAUUAAACUCCAGCUCUGCCAGUUCCUAAUUCUGCAAUUUACUUAAAAUAUCUGAGCCUCAAUUUCUUCAUCUAUAAAUUGUGUGUAAUGAUCAGUACAUGGUAAGAUAGUUGUGAGGCUUAAAUGAAAUAUGUUAUCCAAAUCUAACACAUUCCUUUAGUAAUGUAAAGGGAUCAUUGACGUCAGUUUAGAACCAUUGCAAAGUUUUUUUGAUUACUUUCAGCUUGGGUGAAGCUUUAAAUUCUUAGUUAAAUUCUUUCUCUAAAGUACUCAUUAACUGUCUAUUAUUUUUCUAGUUAUCUGGGUACAUCAGGGAAUUAAAAUCAUCCUUUAAAAAUCAUCCCAUGGAUAUCAAAAGCUCAUAAAUUGCUAGAUGCUAAUGGGAAAGUUAAGAAUCUGCUCCAACUUAUCAUUGCAGGCGCACACGGAGCUAUCUAGGGAAAAGCCAGGGUUGGCUGAAAUUCCCAGAAAAAGAUGCUUUGCAGAAUCCAAAAUAUGUCACUCACUAUAAAAUUAAUUAAAUUAUUUACCAGCCACACACAUACUAGUCAAGGUUGAAACUGUGAAAGACCACAAGGAAGAACAGGCUGUUCCUUUUCUACCGGGAGCACUCGUAUUUAGAUAUAGUGAGGGCCCUCGUGUGCGAUGCGCUCAGUGCUUAUGGGAAACCAGGACUGAAUAUUUAAAAACUAAUUGUGGUUAAUUAAGAUGGCCAAAAGAACAAUGACAAUUUGGGAUUCUAUUUUUAUCAGUUUAAUCAAUCUCUCAAGUGAAAAGUAGGAGAGAGAUUUUAGACGAACAACUGUAAAGCUUUGGAAUGGGAGUGGAAUGAGAAGUGAUGUUUUAUAAUCUUUAAAAUAAGCGGAUACUAUAUUCUGAAUAUAAAGGCAGCCAUGACUGAAGUGGGGGAGAAGGGAAGUUGAUGGGUUCCAGGAGUUGGGAUGCUGUAAGACCAGUGGUAAGGUGACUGCCUUCUCCCAGAGUGUGAAUGUCUGUUUGCUGCUACCGUGUAGAAAACAGCACUAUAUGAAGAAGCCAGUUGUUAUAACAUAUAUAUGUGUGUGUGUGUGUGUGUAUGUAUAUACCAUAAAUGGAGCCCUGGUGGUACAAUGGUUAAGAGCUCAGCUGCUAAGCAAAAGGUUGGUAGUUCAAAUCCAGAAGCCACUCCUUGGAAACACUCUGGGGCAGUUCUCCUUUGCCCUAUAGGGUCACUAUGAGUUGGAAUUGAUGGCAAUGGGUUUAUAUCAUGAAUAUAUUUGUACUCAUUCUCUCUCUACAUAUAUAUGUGUAUAUAUUUAUAUCAUAUGUAUAUACCAUAUGUGUAUCAUAUAUAUAUAUUUAUACCAUAUAUAUAGAUUGAUUCCAAAUAUGUAUAUUUAUACCAAAUGUAUAUAUUUAUAACUUGUAUAUUUAUGUUGUUGUGUGCUGUUGAGUCAAUUCCUACUCAUACCCUAUAGGCCCGAGUAGAACUGCACCCAUAGGGUCUCCAAGGCUAUAAUCUUUAUGGAAGCAGAUGGCUACAUCUUUCUCCCAAGGAGUGGCUGGUAGGUUUGAGCCAUCAACCUUUUGGUUAGCAGCUGAGGGCCUAACCACUGUACCACCAGGGCUCCUUACAAAUAUUUAUACCAUAUAUAUAUUUAUUUAUACCAUGUGUAUAUCUACAAAUAUUUAUUUAUUCCACAAAUAAUAACUAUACUUAUACCAUAUGUAUAUAAUUUGUGCUGUAUAAUAUAAUUUAUACCAUAUAUAUUUAAAUUUUCAUAUUAUAUGUAUUUUAAUUUAUAACAUAUACGUGUGUGUGUAUACACACACACACACACACACAUAUGUUGUUGUUAGGUGCCAUUGAGUUGGUUCCAACUCAUAGUGACCCUGCGUGCAAUACAACAAAACACUGCCCAGUCAUGCACCAUCGUCAUAAUUGUUGCUAUGCGUGAGCCCGUGUUGCAGCCACUUUGUCAGCCCAUCUUGCUGAGGAUCUUCCUCUUUUUCUGUGAUCCUCUGUUUUACCAAGCAUGAUGUCCUUUUCCAGGGACUGAUCCCUCCUGAUAAAAUGUCCAAAGUAUAUUAGACAUAGUCACACCAUCCUUGCUUCUAAGGAGCAUUCUGUCUGUACUUCUUCCAAGACAGAUUUGUUCAUUCUUCUGACAGUCCAUAGAAUAUUUGAUAUUCUUUGUUAAUACCACAAUUCAAAGGUGUCAAUUCUUUUUUGGUCUUCCUUAUUCAUUGUCCAGCUUUCACAUGGAAUACACACACACACACACACACGCACACACAAAUGUUGGGAGUUCAAGGAGCAACUGGUGAAUUUGAACUGCUAACACUUUGGUUAGCAGCCAAGUGCAUAAACACUGCACUACCAGGGCCCCAUGUGUGUAUAUACGCAUAUAUGUGUGUGUGUGUGUGUAUAUAUGUGUGUAUAUAUAUAUGUAUACAUAUAUAUGUAUUUAUGUAUACAUAUAUAUGGAAACCCCGGUGGCUUAGUGGUUAAGUGCUGCAGCUGCUAACCAAAAGCUUGGCAGUUUAAAUCCACCAGGUGUUUGUCAACUCUAUGGGGCAGUUCUGCUCUGUCCUAUAGAGUCACUGUGAGUCAGAAUCAACUCAAUGGCAACUGGUGUUUUAUACACACACACACAUACAUGUAUAUGGAGCCCUGGUGGCACAGUGUUUAAGUGUUCUGCUGCUAACCAAAAUGUUGGCACUUCAAAUACAUCUGUUACUCCUUUGAAACCCUAUGGGGCAGUUCCACUCUGUCCUAUAGGGUUGUUAGGAGUCAGAGUCGACUCGACUGUAAUGGGUAGUAGUAGUUUAUAUAUGUGUGUAUGUGUGCUUAAAAUCUCCCCAGGGUGUCUUCACAUUAUACAUAAAUGUUAACAGUUUUACUUAGUAAAGAUUGGGUUAAAUAUUUACUUCUUGCUGAGUGUCACCAUAUGCCUAAACUUUAAAAAUAGCAGCUAUUCCAAAGGAGGGAAACAAACUAAACAAUUUGGAAGAUAAAUCAAAGCUAUUCUGAACUGGCCGUUAAUGGAGGUAAUUGGAUAAUGCUGACAUUACACCUACUCCUCACUUAUCAACUAUCUUGUUAUCUGACAUUUUGCAUUUAAGACAGUAGUAAAAAAUCACUAGCCUACUAUUUUGCACAGUAAUGGUGUAUGUCUGGCAGGUAUGAGGUGAGAGUAGCACUGGCUGUGAUGGUUAAGGUUAAGUGUCAACUUGGCUGGGCCAUGAUUCGCAGUGGUUUGGCAGUUAUGUAAUGAUGUAAUUUCGUAAUUUUGUGGUGAUGCAGGAGUGCUGGUGGCACAGUAGUUAGCUGUUCAGCUGCUAACCAAGAGGCUGGCAGUUUGAAUCCUCUAGCUGCUCCUUGGAAACCAUAUGGGGCAGUUCUACUCUGUCCUAUAGGGUCGCUGUGAGAUAGAAUUGACCCAAUGGCAAUGGGUUUAUUUUUACUUUUUGUUUUGUGGUGAUGUGAUUUGGCAGUUAUGUAAUGAUGUAAUUAGACUGUUAUGUAUUGAUGUAAUUUGGUAGUUGUGUAAUGCUGUAGUCAUCCUCCAUUUUGUAUUCUGAUGUGAUCAUCCUCCAUUUUUGCAUACUGCCAAUUAUUGCAUAACAACCUGAUCUUUGGAUACUGUGUCAAUAAAUGAGGAGACAGUAUGUUUCCUAAUAUUUCUUUUUUCUUAUUUAAACUCUUCUUAUUUUUAACCUUAUUAAUUUAUUUACUUAGCACUCAUAGUAAAUAAGUACCCACUCUGGGCAGGGUGCUGUGCUGGAUUUAUAGUGAUUGAACUGGUGGUGAUCCUUAGCAUGUCUCCUCAGCUUAUUCACAACCUGAGAGUACACAGUGGAAACUCACUCGCUACAUACCUACCCUCAGUAUUUGGCAUUCCGCAUAAAAGAUGAAGUUUUGAAUCUAAUCCUUGUCCUCAAGAACCUUUAAUAUGAUAGGGAAGCUUGCACAGAGGUGAGAUAAGACACAUAUAAACAUGUAAAUCAGUUUAUGAUAAUUUUGUUUAUAACGAAAAAAUGGUUUGAGUUAAUUUUUACAGGUAACAUUUUUUUCCUACAUAAUUGUAAUUUUGCUUUACUCUGAAAGUAAAAUGAGUGUGUCUUUCUCUUCCAAUUCUACUUGUGUUUUCCUUUUUCUUGGACUCAGUAUGAUCGUGGACACAAAUCUUCCACAGCCUUUAGCGCAAACACAGCUGUAGCAUAAAUGAGGAAGUAGAGUGUAUCAGCUCAACUGAACGAAGUUCAAACUCCGGGCUCUACUAGACAGGAAAAUGGAUAUUCCAAUAAGUACAGUCAUUGAGGCUACCGCAAGUUAUCUGCCCAAAGCUGCAGGAUCAGCGUUUUUUAGAUAGUAUCAUGGAUGAGUAGUUAAUUAAGUAAAGAAAUCCAAUCCCAGUGGAAUCUCAGGGAAAUGAGGUCUAUACUUUCCUCUUCUUGUACAUUGGGGCAAAUUGGUCUUUGAUUCUGUUGUAGCCAUCUCUUGGGUACUUUUGCCCUAUGUUCUACUUCUAUUACUUUGAAAAAUCUUUUUUGUUGAAGUGACCUUAGUGUCAGUGACACCCAUAGGCUAAAUUUAAUUGCUCUUUAUAAAAACACUGUCUUUUAAGAAAAGAAUUCCUUCAAUUCACAAUUAAUUGAAGCUUUACUGUUAGAAACUUUCUUGUUUAAACUCGUACUAGUCUUAACCUUAUUGAUUUAUUUAGUUAUCACAAAUGGCCUAUUCAGUAUGAGUAGUAGUUUUCUCAGCUUCCAGCUCUUAACUUUCAGCCUGAUAUUAAAUUUUGAGAUGUACCAACAAACAAACCCAUACAGAGGGUCAGAUAAAACUGGGUGUCUGUGUAGGGGUGGUUUAGUAUUCCUUCUUAAAGAACUAUUCAUAGGAUGAUGGUAGAAUCUUUUGAAGUUGGAGGCUGAGCUAUGUAGUGAUUAUUAGCAUAUAUGAAUUUGGGUAAGUUAUUAGUAAAUAAAAUAGGACUCUAAGCUUUUUUGCUCACUCAUCUGUAAAAUUUAAUAUCAGAUGAUCUUGUUGUGGAUUAAAAGCUGAAAAACAGCGUAGUGUGUGAUACAUAGUAAGUGCUCAAUAAAUGUUAUCACUGUGACCGCUGGUCAUUUUUAUCUUGAUUAUUUGUGUUUAGGACUUUGUCAAACCGAAAAACUUAUUUUAAUCUGCGAAGUCUUAAAAGGCACAUCUGACUUAUUUUUUAAAAAAACUUUCUGUUACUGAUAGUGUCUCUGAUUUCAGUUGAAUUGAUUUGAAUCACACAAUUGGUCAUAGAGACUGAAAGAAUGGCCUCAAGGGUAAAACUAUGGUUUAUUCUCAUGUGCGUCGUGAGAAUAGCACUUUAUUCAGAGGAGGUACUCAACAACUUUGGACAAAGUUUUAGGGGACUGGAGGCCUAGAUCUUGGGUUUAUUUCUUGCUUCUUACAAGAUGUGGACUGUCUCUGGUUACCUUUCUGGAACCAAGAUUUCGAAGGUCCUCAAGCCAGGCUUUGGUGAUAGAAAGACUGAGGUCUGAGCUCUGGCUCUGCUGCAGGCUGGUCCAGGUGCAUGGGGUUUCCUGGUCAGGCUCAUACCUUGCUAUUCUGUCAGCUCUACAUUCUUUAAGUAUUUGCUAAACAUCUGUUUAAUGGAAGCAAAGAGAAAAUGGUUUUAAUAACAGUACAAUAUGUUAACAAAUUUGCUAACUUAUUCACUUUCUCUGGCCAAGCCAGGAUCAGUGUUCUGGAGGCAAAAACAGUGAAAGAUUUUCCUUCGUUUUUGUUAUUCCUGAUUUUGAUACAGGUUAUGUGUGUGUGUAUACUCUACAUAAAACAAGGAAUUGGGAGGUGUAUUAAAAGAUUUGAAUCUUAGAUCGUAAAAUACCUUACUUGCUUCAGGCAGAACGCACCAGCCAUGCCUGUUUGAGUUCAGAAUUACAGCGGGCAGUAAUGGCGCGUGCAGGUAGCAGAAAUACCCCAGAUAGGCAAUGCUAACGCUGGGUUGGCUUCUCUUAAGGGUGGGGGAGCAGAGAGGUCUUUUCCCACUUCAGAGUGUUAUAUUUACAUUAUUCUAGUUAUGUAAAGGAUUGCAUGAAGAAAUUUGCAUUGAUCGACACAUAUUACUCAAGUAAUAUUUUAGCACUCUAAAUAAAUUGGCUCCUGAGGAAUUGGCCUGCUCCCCUGAACCCAAUCUAACUUUUAUUGAAAACACUUAACCUUUGGGGUUGGCAAUUACUGACUUUAUGAUUUGGGGUAUGCUGUUUAACCUCUCUGAAUCUUGGUAUCAUCAUCUCCAAAAGGCAUGACAGGAAGAAGGGAGACAAAGGAAUAACACCAGCCAAGCUUCCUCAUUAUCAGUGAACUGCAAGCUUGCCCAGGACCACCCCCCUACUGUCUACUUCCUCCCCUGCUUUUUCCUUUCUCUCCUAGCUCAGAACAGAAUUGCCUGACCACUGCUUGCUGCAGAGGGUACUGGGAACGCAAGAGCAUUUGGCAUGUCAGAGCCACACUGUCUUCCUUGGGCUUUCCUUUGUGAACUGAUUCCAUUUAAAAGACUCUUGUGAACGUGUUGUUUCAGUCAAGUCCCCAGAGAGUACAUUUGUCUUCUGAACUGCUGGUGAUUUUAAGAACCAGAUGAUCCCCGUGGGGAGCCUGCUCUCAGCCAUCCCAGAGCCCCUGCUUCUCAGGAUGCUCCUGAUCCAGUAGUAGAUGCGGGUGGACUCGAGAGCAUCACCCAGUGUCCGCAGGCGCUUCCUCAGAUGAUGGCUGCAGCAGCCGAUGGUUUGGGGAGUAUAGCCAUAGACACGACCCAGCUCAACAUGUCCGUAACAGAUUCCACAGCCUGGGCCACAGCCAUGAAUAACUUGGGCAUGGUUCCCGUGGGGUUGCCUGGACAGCAGCUCGUGUCUGACUCAAUCUGUGUGCCCGGCUUUGAUCCAAGCCUGAACGUGAUGACUGGAAUCACCCCCAUUAACCCAAUGAUACCAGGCCUGGGGCUGGUCCCACCCCCGCCACCAGCAGAAGUGGCUGUCGUCAAAGAAAUAAUCCACUGCAAAAGCUGUACCCUUUUCCCUCAAAAUCCAAAUCUUCCACCUCCUUCCACACGAGAACGACCUCCUGGGUGCAAGACUGUGUUUGUCGGAGGAUUGCCAGAAAAUGCUACUGAGGAAAUUAUACAAGAAGUCUUUGAGCAGUGCGGUGAUAUCACAGCGAUUCGGAAAAGCAAGAAGAAUUUUUGUCACAUUCGCUUUGCGGAGGAAUUCAUGGUUGAUAAAGCCAUUUACCUUUCUGGUUACCGGAUGCGAUUGGGAUCUAGCACAGACAAGAAGGAUUCCGGUCGCCUCCAUGUGGACUUUGCCCAGGCCAGGGACGACUUCUACGAGUGGGAAUGCAAGCAGCGGAUGCGCGCCCGGGAGGAGCGGCACCGGCGCAAGCUGGAGGAGGACCGGCUGCGGCCGCCCUCCCCGCCAGCCAUCAUGCACUACUCGGAGCACGAGGCCGCCCUCCUGGCCGAAAAGCUGAAAGAUGAUAGCAAGUUUUCUGAGGCUAUCACAGUGCUGCUUUCUUGGAUUGAACGAGGGGAAGUGAAUCGGCGUUCCGCCAACCAAUUCUACUCCAUGGUGCAGUCGGCCAACAGCCACGUCCGCAGGCUGAUGAACGAAAAAGCCACCCAUGAGCAAGAGAUGGAGGAGGCCAAGGAGACUUUUAAAAACGCCUUAACCGGGAUCCUCACCCAAUUUGAGCAGAUUGUGGCCGUUUUCAACGCUUCUACCAGACAAAAAGCUUGGGACCAUUUCUCGAAAGCUCAGCGCAAGAACAUAGACAUUUGGCGAAAGCAUUCUGAGGAGCUUCGGAACGCUCAAAGCGAGCAGCUCAUGGGCAUCCGUCGUGAGGAAGAAAUGGAGAUGUCGGAUGAUGAGAACUGUGACAGCCCGACUAAAAAAAUGAGAGUCGAUGAAUCAGCCUUAGCUGCCCAGGCCUACGCCCUUAAAGAGGAGAACGACAGUCUCCGUUGGCAGCUGGAUGCCUACCGGAACGAGGUGGAGCUGCUGAAACAAGAAAAAGAACAGCUUUUUCGAACGGAAGAAAACGUCACCAAGGACCAGCAGCUACAGUUCCUGCAGCAAACCAUGCAAGGCAUGCAGCAGCAAUUGCUGACCAUCCAGGAGGAGCUAAACAACAAAAAGUCAGAACUGGAGCAAGCAAAAGAAGAGCAGUCCCACACACAGGCACUACUUAAAGUUCUCCAGGAACAGCUCAAAGGUACCAAGGAAUCGGUUGAGACCAAUGGCCACAGCCACGAGGACACAAAUGAAAUCAAUGUGUUGACGGUUGCACUGGUCAACCAAGACCGAGAGAGCAAUAUUGAGAAAAGAAGCCAAGGUUUAAAAUCAGAGAAAGAAGCUCUGCUAAUAGGCAUCAUAUCGACGUUUCUUCACGUCCAUCCUUUUGGAGCCAAUAUAGAAUAUCUGUGGUCGUACAUGCAGCAGCUGGACUCCAAGAUAUCUGCAAAUGAAAUCGAAAUGCUUCUGAUGAGGCUGCCACGCAUGUUUAAACAGGAAUUCACAGGCGUAGGAGCAACGCUGGAAAAAAGGUGGAAGUUGUGUGCCUUUGAAGGAAUUAAAACUCCCUAACUGUGAAGAGCAAAAAAAAAAAAAAAAAAAACCCUCUGGAAAUGAAACCGUCAGACAGCAGCCAGGGCUGUGCAGUCUGAGGGCCGGUCCAGCGCGGAGCCUUGCGGUGCCAUUAAAGCUUGACUCUAGUUCCGUCUGUGGCGUUGUCUCGUGAGUGGAAAUGUAAUCGUGUACCAGUUCCUUAAACAAAGCUUCAUACUGUGACAGAUCUGUUUCCUAUGAAAACCAAACAGUCAUAAUGAUGGCAAAAACCUUCAAAGAUGCUACAUUUGAAAAUAGCUCACCAAGCAAAAUAUUUAAAGUGAAUGAUGGUGUAGCAAGGGUUGUUGCUAGGCUACGGAGUUGUAUAUGUAAUGUAUAGCUGAAAUCAUUAAGUGGCAUUUUCCUGAAAGUUUAUCUUUCUGUUUUAGUACAAAAAAAAAAAAGUAAUUUUACAGUUAGGGAAAAAAAAAUCAUACCAAAAGGAAACUUGAAUACCUGUCUGAACAGUUAUUGUAUUUUGUAAAUUAAGUUAUAUGCCAUUCCAGGGACUUCUGCCUUACUGAAGAGGCAGAAAAUGUGAUUGGACUCCUUGAGAAUGCUUUAUCAAGAAUAUUAUUUUUCUAAUGUAACAAUUCUCCAUCAUAAGUUCUUUUAACAUGGACUGCAUAACAAUUUUCAUAAAAUGUAAAUAAAGGAAAAGCUAGUGCUACUGUCUUGUACUUGGUAUGGAACAUUCAAGUUUAUGCAUCAAAAUAAACAUUCAGUAAAUACUCCUGUUACAAAUUUUAUAGCAAAGAUAUUAAUUUUUUUCAAUAAAUAUGACUUCUACCAUAUUACAUUUGCAAAUUGUUCUUUGAUUUUU